AAUGACGCGGUGCCUCAUGUUCAUGCCGCCGCUGUUCCUCGUGUCCUCCCUCAUCUCCACCGUGGGGCUGCCGGUGGAGCCGCCCGCGGAGCUCCUGCAGCUCGGAGGCGACGUCAGCGGCGGGCGCCUCAGCGUGGACGCGUCCGACAUCGCGGAGGCGUCGCGGGACUUCGGGGGCCUCUCCCGCGCCGAGCCCAUGGCGGUGUUCCAGCCGCGCGCGGCCGGCGACGUGGCGGGCCUGGUCCGCGCCGCGUUCGGGUCGGCGCGCGGGUUCCGCGUGUCGGCGCGGGGCCACGGCCACUCCAUCAGCGGCCAGGCGCAGGCGCCCGGCGGCGUGGUCGUGGACAUGGGCCACGGCGGCGCCGUGGCGCGGGCGCUUCCCGUGCACUCGCCGGCGCUGGGCGGGCACUACGUGGACGUCUGGGGCGGCGAGCUGUGGGUGGACGUGCUCAACUGGACGCUGUCGCACGGCGGGCUCGCGCCGCGGUCGUGGACGGACUACCUGUACCUGUCCGUGGGCGGCACCCUCUCCAACGCCGGCAUCAGCGGGCAGGCGUUCCACCACGGGCCCCAGAUCAGCAAUGUCUACGAGCUCGACGUCGUCACAGGGAAGGGAGAGGUGGUGACCUGCUCGGAGACGGAGAACCCGGACCUAUUCUUCGGCGUGCUGGGCGGGCUGGGCCAGUUCGGCAUCAUCACAAGGGCGCGCAUCGCCCUGGAACGUGCUCCCCAAAGGGUUCGGUGGAUCCGGGCGCUCUACUCCAACUUCACCGAGUUCACGGCGGACCAGGAGCGCCUCAUCUCCCUGGGCAGCCGCCGGUUCGACUACGUGGAGGGCUUCGUCGUCGCCGCCGAGGGCCUCAUCAACAACUGGAGGUCCUCCUUCUUCUCGCCGCAGAACCCGGUGAAGCUCAGCUCGCUCAAGCACCACUCCGGCGUCCUCUACUGCCUCGAGGUCACCAAGAACUACGACGACGCCACCGCCGGGUCGGUCGAGCAGGAUGUGGAUGCGCUGUUGGGCGAGCUGAACUUCAUCCCAGGCACGGUGUUCACGACGGACCUGCCGUACGUGGACUUCCUGGACCGCGUGCACAAGGCGGAGCUGAAGCUGCGCGCCAAGGGGAUGUGGGAGGUGCCGCACCCGUGGCUGAACCUCUUCGUGCCGGCGUCCCGCAUCGCCGACUUCGACCGCGGCGUCUUCCGUGGCGUGCUGGGGGGCGGCACCGCCGGCGCCGGCGGUCCCAUCCUCAUCUACCCCAUGAACAAGCACAGGUGGGACCCGAGGAGCUCGGUGGUGACCCCGGACGAGGACGUGUUCUACCUGGUGGCGUUCCUGCGGUCGGCGCUGCCGGGCGCGCCGGAGAGCCUGGAGGCGCUGGCGCGGCAGAACCGGCGGGUCCUCGACUUCUGCGCGGAGGCCGGCAUCGGCGCCAAGCAGUACCUGCCCAACCACAAGGCGCCGGGCGAGUGGGCGGAGCACUUCGGCGCCGCGCGGUGGGAGCGGUUCGCCAGGCUCAAGGCCCAGUUCGACCCGCGGGCCAUCCUGGCCGCCGGGCAGGGCAUCUUCCGGCCGCCGGGCUCGCCGCCGCUCGUCGCCGACUCGUGA